AUGGGGAGUGAAAACCAAACGAUGGCCACCGACUUCAUCUUCCUGGGGUUCUCCAGCCUGGCGGAGCUGCAGAAGCUGCUCUUCGGGGUGUUUUUGCUUCUCUACCUGCUCACACUGAGCAUGAACACGGCUAUAAUGACCGUCAUAAGGGUGGAGCGGAGCCUUCACACACCCAUGUACUUCUUCCUCUGUGUCCUGUCCUUUUCCGAGACCUGCUACACCCUCGUGAUCGUCCCCAAGAUGCUGGUGGACUUGGUGGCGGAGAGAAAAGCCAUUUCCUUCCUGGGCUGCGCCGUCCAAAUGUACUUCUUCCUUCUGCUGGGCUGCUCCCACUCCUUCCUCCUGGCGGCCAUGGGCUACGACCGCUGCGUCGCCGUCUGCCGCCUGCUGGCCUACAGCAGCAUCAUGACCCGGCGACUCUGCGCGCAGCUGGUGGCCGCGUCGGCGCUCAGCGGGCUGCUGGUGGCCCAGCUGGUCACCCCCCUGGUGUUCUGCUCGCCGUUCCAGGCAAGCCGGCAGCUCGACCACUUCUUCUGCGACAUCUCCCCCGUCCUCCGGGUGGCCUUCAGGCACACCGACGCUGGCGAGGCUGUUAUUGUGGCGCUGGGCGUCUUUGCCCUGAUGGUCCCGCUGACGCUGAUCCUGGCUUCGUACCUCUUCAUCCUCACCGAUGUCCUGCGCAUCCCCUCGGCUGCAGGGAGGCACAAAGCCUUCUCCACCUGCAGCGCCCACCUGGCUGUGGUGGUCGUGCACUACGGCUGCGCCUCCCUCAUCUACCUGAGGCCAGGCUCCAGCUCCUCGCCGGGCCAGGACGCGCUGAUCUCGGUCACUUACACCAUCCUCACCCCGCUGCUCAAUCCCAUGAUUUACACCCUGAGGAACAAGGAUGUCAAACCUCCCCUUCCAAAGAGCAUCACUCCUUUUCCACAAGCCCUUCGGCUCCCAGCGGAGCUUCAGCAAAGCCAUGACGGCGAAGCACAGCUGCUAAGAAGGAUGAACUCCGGUCACAGCGAGAGUGGGAAAACCAACUUCAAUUUCUUUUUGAAUAUAGAAACCCAAUUUAUUUGUGAAGAUGGGAAUCCGAAUUUCCACCCCAGUGCCAGCAAAGCUUCCAGCUGUACAGCCUGAGACAUUUAGUGAAGAAGAAUUGUAGGCGUCGAAAGAAUUUCAGGGGGAAACUCCAUCUUUUUUUUUUUUUUUUUCAGGAGA